AUGGAGGAGCAGUCAGGACAAGGAGCAGAGCCAGGAAUAUGCUGGAAGACAGGGCAGUGGCAGUGGUUAGGCUUUAGGUUCAGGACAGCAGGUUACGACCUUCCUCCAACCCCAAACCUUCGGGCUUCCCAGCCACUCAAGGCUGGUUUGUCUUCUGAGGAAACGUCUGCUCCCUUCAUCCCUAGGUCCAUCGAUCCUCACGGCUGUGGGGUCCCUGCCAUUCCCCCAGUUGUGAGUGGCAUAAAGAGGAUCGUCAAUGGGAAAACAGCUGUCCCUGGUUCCUGGCCCUGGCAGGUGUCUCUGCUGGACAGCAUUGGCUUCCACUACUGUGGGGGGUCCCUGAUCAACGAGUCCUGGGUGGUCACUGCCGCCCACUGUAAAGUCCGCACAUUCCACAACGUUGUGGCUGGUGUGAUUGACAGGAGAUCAAAGACGAAGAAGAAUAUGCAGGUCCUGAGGAUUGCUCAGGUGUUUGACCACCCGAAUUUUAAUGUCACCACCGCCAGCAACGACAUCGCCCUGGUGAAGCUGGCCACGCCUGCGCGCUUCUCCAGCGUCGUGUCCCCCGUGUGCCUGCCCAGUGCUCAGGACAACUUCACCGCCGGGUCCCUGUGCGUCACCACGGGCUGGGGCAGGACACAUUACCAAGGUGCAGGACCCAUGAAGCUGCAUCAGGCCACCAUGCCCCUCCUGUCCAAUGCCGAGUGUAUGAGAUCCUGGGGCAGCGACAUCAUUGAUUCCAUGGUCUGUGCAGCGGGCAACCGCAUCACUGUCUGCAAGGGCGACUCUGGCGGCCCCCUGGUCUGCCAGAAGGAUGGAGCCUGGAACCUGGUGGGCGUCGUGUCCUGGGCCAGUGACACAUGCUUCAUCUCCGUGCCCACUGUGUGUACCCGUGUCACUGAGUUCAUGCCCUGGAUUGAGGAGAUCCUGGCCAACAACUGAGUCUUAAUCCUCCCAUCCCAAGUGCAGCGUCCCCAAUAAAAGUCUU